UUUUACAAGUGUCUGACGUAAAGUCAGCGGAUAUAUUACCAUGCGGAAUUACCUGAAAUAAACAGCUCUAGAAAUCAUUAUAUUCAACCCAGCCAUGUUCUAUUGGUGUAGUAAUGUAUUUGUACCUGGGGAGACAGGUUGAGAUGGCUAAUUCUUCUGAUAGUUGUUACAGCUCUCCGGCUGGGUCACUCUCGUCCAUCCCAGGUAUAGCACCAAGAAAACACCUCGGUCACAGCAGUUCACAACAGUUUUUCAAAACCUUUGCUCCAGAAAUGGCUUCCCCUGAAAUAAAAAUGUCGGACAUCAACAUUGAGGCUCAGAAUGGCAACCCUUUGGACGAAUCAGACCACAACACUGCGCUGUGGAACAUUUUUCGGAAGGACAGGCUACCGGAAGAGUCCAAGUGGUGUGUGGGGUUCACAGACUCCUUCUUCAGGGUGUUUAAGAUCCUGUUCUAUAUCUUCCUGUUUCUGGUGCUCAUAGGAGGCGUUAUUGUGACAAGGGGUAGUCUCCAGAUUCUAGCAUCUUUACUCGGUGACCAUGAGAGAUAUCCAACUAGGGCUGUGACACAAGACUUCAUCUCGUAUCUGUUCUUCUUCAUUAUUGCAGUACCAGAUACCUUCAAACUAUUUCAGAGCAUUUCCCAGUUCGUGUUUGGAAACAGAGAUAGUCCAAAAUGUGCGCGGUUUUUAACGGUAAUGAUAAGGGAAGCGGUUCAUCUUUUUGGCCUUGGAUGUUUGCUUUUCAAGGUCAUGCCUUACCUUGACCCAGUUCAAACCUGCCUAGUGACCCUCGCAGUUCCUGUUUUGCCAUCCAUUGUAAACCUAAUUUCCUACUGCCAUCGCAAAGCAUGUCAACUUCGAAAAGGAAUAAAGAAAUUGUUUAAUUUAUUAAGUAGCAUAUGCCUUAUUGCCGCUUUUGUUGUAUUGAUAUUCUCAAUUAUUUUGAGAAGAAAAGAAAUAAACACGGAAAAGGAACCACAGAAGGUGGAACUUCUUGCUUGGGUAGUAGUUUCUGUCAUUAGCCUGUCUACAAGAUGGAUUGAAACAUAUUCGUUUUUAUGUAGGAGAUGUAUAGAAGAUAAAAAAGACAAACGUGUCAGUGACAAAGGAUAUGUGACAUCGCACAUGUGUUCUAGUUUCCUUAGAAUAAUUUUAUUGAUUGUUCUCUUUCCAACUUUGUAUUGUCCUGAAAUUCGAGGAAUUAAUGAAACAUACAAUGCGUUCAUAAGUAUGUCUUCCACCAAUGCAUCAGGGCUUAUAUCCCUAAACUGCACUGAAAUAUCAAAACCAAUUUCUAAUGAUACCCAUAUGAAUUUGAGCAGUACUGACCUUCAAAACAUCACCGUUAUUCGCAAGGACGAAGGAAUAUCCUAUCGGCUGGUCAUUAAUUCAUAUGUGGUUCAUAUUAUCGCAGCAUUCCUGACCACUCAUUUUAGUGUGUUAGCCUGUAGACUUCGAAUGCAAGUGUUCGGCUUUGCAUUACCAUUGAGCCUUGCUACGCCACUGUAUCUGAUCCUAUUAAUUGUGUUAGAGGAAACAGACGUUGAUUUUGCUAGUAAUUGCCUUCACCUCAACGCCGAAUACAAAUGGUUGUUGAUCACGGGAUUUAUGAUUGGAUGGGUAGGUCAGAUUUGGGUUUGCAGACAUGUGUGGUUUAAAAAUCGUCAGGAUCGCCUGGAAUUUGCGCAAAAGUUGUUUGUCUUGCCCCACUACUGCAGUGCUUUCGUUGAACUUGCAUUGUUACACAGUCGACGAAAACGAAACCGAUCUGAAAUGGAUUACACUAAAGAGCUCGAGGUGUCGAAAACAGAUACUAAAGUUUAUAUCUGUGCAACGAUGUGGCAUGAAAAUAGAAUAGAAAUGAAACAGAUUCUGAUAUCAAUUUUUAGACUUGAUCACCACCAAUUUCAGUAUGAGUUUAGUAAGAAAGACCUUAAAGCCAAGGAAAAGGAUUAUUACACAUUCGAAGCCCACAUACCAUUUGAUGAUGCGAUGGAAACGAAUAAAGCAACAAACACAAGAGGUCCAAAUGAUUUUGUGAGACAGUUUAUGGAAAUUGUAAACGAAGCAGGAUGUGCCUUCUACAAAACAAAAAUCAUGCUGGACCCGCCAAAGAAAUACGUUACUCCAUAUGGAGGACGUUUGGAAUGGGAACUUCCGGGAGAAAAUAAACUCGUGGUUCAUCUCAAAGAUAAGGAUAAAAUCCGCCACAAGAAAAGAUGGUCACAGAUUAUGUACAUGUACUAUUUCAUUGGAUACGAACUUCUAAUGAAGGAGUGCAAUCCAACAACAAUAGCUAAUCCUAAUUUUGAUGACAUGCCUUCAAUUUUUGAAAUUCUAAGUGACGAGAUUAAACAAAAGGCUGAAAACACCUACAUUCUUGCUCUUGACGGCGAUGUUGACUUUCAACCGGAAGCACUACAACUGCUGAUUGACAGGAUGAAGAUAAAUCCAAAAGUUGGAGCCACUUGUGGUCGCAUCAAACCAAAAGGAUCUGGACCAGUAGUCUGGUACCAGCGUUUUGAGUACGCCAUAGGUCACUGGCUCCAGAAGUCCGCCGAGCAUAUGUUUGGUUGUGUUCUCUGUAGCCCUGGCUGCUUCAGUCUGUUUCGUGUGAAAGCCCUCAUGGACGACAAUGUUAUGAGAACCUAUGCUACCCUACCCACCGAAGCAAGACACUUUCUUCAAUAUGACCAAGGUGAAGAUCGAUGGCUCUGCACCCUCAUGCUACAACAAGGUUACAAGAUCGAGUACUGUGCAGCUGCAGAAGCAAUUACAUUUGCUCCAGAAGACUUUAAAGAGUUCUUUAACCAACGAAGGCGAUGGAUGCCAUCUACGAUGGCUAACAUAUUGGAUCUUCUCCAGAGCUAUGCCCGCACGACAAAAGUGAACUCAAAUAUAUCAUACUUUUACGUCUUUUACCAGAUUAUUUUAUUUUUAUCAUCAGUCUUAGGUCCUUCCACUGUGUUACUGGCCUUAGAAUCCGCCAUUGCAUCAGUAUUUGGGGUAGAGCCUUGGGUAGCUUAUCUAUUAACAUAUGGACCAACAAUACUGUUCAUUUUCAUUUGUCUAAAAGCAAAAACAAACACACAGCUUAAUAUUGCAAUUGUUCUCAGUGCCGUGUAUGCUCUUUUAAUGAUGGCAGUGUUUGUUGGAACUCUUGUGUCCAUCGCUAGCGAGGGAUGGUACACUCCUACAGGGAUGUUUUUCUACAUUUUAGUUGGAACCUUUAUAAUUGCUGGACUUCUUCAUCCUCAUGAGUUUGGGGAUUUGUUAUGGGGCGUCUUGUAUUUUAUAUGCAUACCAGCAGGUUAUUUAUUUUUAAUAAUUUACGCUAUUUGUAAUUUAAACAACGUUUCAUGGGGAACAAGGGAAAAUAAAACAGCUGUGUUAGAACAUUCUGGACAAGAUCGAAAGAAAAACAAAAAGAAAGAGACAGAAGACGAGAUAGAUUUUGUAACCACGGAGAUGAUCAGUGGUAUGAUCAAACAGGUUAAAAACUCUAAUUUAGCUGAGACAUCCUGCUCAGAGGCUUUCUUUUCAAUUUUUCGAUGGAUUAACAAUUUAGUAAUUCUUAAAUCGUUAGAAUCUGUUCAAAAUAUAUUUGAUAAGACUAAAGAUGAGGUGGAUGCUGUUGGAGAUGGACAAACAGUUGGCAAAAAUUCGCUUUUUAAAAGUAGGCGUAUGAAAGCUCCGAGGCCAAGAAGAAAGAGUUUAGACGAUAGCUCGUGGGCAACGGAGAAUGUUGGGCAGUCAAGUCCUUCUAAACUGGAACCCUUAGAGGAAAGGUUCUGGAAAGAUUUAAUUCAUUUUUAUUUAUACCCAUUAGAAGCUGAUAAGAAAAAAGAAGAAAAAGACAAAGAAAUGUUGGCGGAACUACGGAAUAAAGUAGCAUUUGGUUUCUUCUUUGUCAAUGCGCUAUGGUUAGCCAUUAUGACAGCAAUGAACGAGGCAAAAUACAUCAUCAAUAUUACAAUCACUCAACCUACAGGUUCCCCAAUUGUAAUUGAGCCUCUUGGGUUCGUUUUUCUGGUGAUAUUUACUGUAUUACUAGUUCUACAGUUUAUUGGGAUGGUGAUGCAUAGACAUGAAACACUGCUUCAUAUUUUAUCGAUAACAAAACUGAAAAGACGAAAAACAGGGGACAUUAGAGAAAAAAUUGGCCUACUUGCAAAAGAUGACGUGAGUUAUGACAGUACAAGUGUAAAUGUGAAAGACGAGGAAGAAGCCAUAUACUGCAACGAAGAAACGAUAAAACGAGCAGCAGAGGACCUCGCAGCGAGUAGACACGCUGUACCAUACAGGUACGAGAAACGGCAGAAAGAAGCAUUCAACUUACGUAAAACAGUUCGAAAAAAAUUGAAUUACCAACACAACCAGGAUACUCUGAAUAGACAGAGAGUUGGGUUGCAAAAUAGAGGGUUUCAAAGUCGGGAAUAAAAGCAUGCAUUAUCGUAUCUCUUUCUUGCAUGAUACACUUGCUCUAUAAAUGAUACUUUGUUUGUAUUUCAACAUUGUUAUCUCGAGGAAAAACACACCGUUGUGACUUCAUUGAACUGUAUUAUUGUUUGAUAACAAUGUAGGGUCGCUGAAGCAGAACUUCAAAUCUAAAAAAAACAUUUUAGAGAUCUGUGAAUUGUUGCGAUCAUUCAGAUUAAUCACUUGUAUUAUUUAUUAGAUUUAGUUUAGUAUGAAUAAUAACAUUCAUUUAUAGUAUGGUAUUUUUUUUAAAAUGUAGGUAUGCAUUAUUACCCAUAUUAUUUAAUUAUUUAAUUUGUAAUCAUACAAUCCUCAAAUAUGAGCUGCGUUUUACUCAAGAAUGUUAAGCCAAUAAUUUUAAUUUUGAUUUGUAAUCAUAUUUAACAGCUAUCGUAUUCAUGUUUAUUAGUUUAAUCGUUAAUAAGCAUUCAUUAAUUUGGUCGUAGGUUAUAUAUUCUUUUGAAAAACGCCGCACCGAACCUAUAAAUACACCAAGACAUUAUGCAUUUUAAGCUCAUGUUUAAUUCUUUACAGUCAUACUCAAAGCGUCCAAAUGUAUGAUACCUUAGUUUAGCUUUUUAAUAUUGUUAAAAGAGUAUA